CGGGCCGCUCUUCAGCCGCUUCCUGUGCACGCCGCUGGCGGCCGCCUGCCCGUCGGGGACCGAGCAGGGCGACGCGGCGGCGGCGGGCGAGCGCGAGGAGCUGCUGCUGCUGCAGAGCACGGCGGAGCAGCUGCGCCAGACGGCGCUGCAGCAGGAGGCGCGCAUCCGCGCCGACCAGGACACCAUCCGCGAGCUCACCGGCAAGCUGGGCCGCUGCGAGAGCGGCCUGCCGCGCGGCCUCCAGGACGCCGGGCCCCGCCGCGACACCAUGGCCGACGGCGCCUGGGACUCGCCCGCGCUCGUGCUGGAGCUGGAGGACGCGGUGCGCGCCCUGCGGGACCGCAUCGACCGCAUCGAGCAGGAACUCCCAACCCGAGUGAACCUGUCAGCAGCCCCAGCCCCAGCGCCUCCAGUACCCACUGCCCUGCAUUCCAAGAUGGACGAGCUGGAAGGGCAGCUACUGGCCAAGGUGUUGGCCCUGGAGAAGGAGCGUGCAGCCCUCAGUCACAGCAGCCACCGGCAGCGCCAGGAGGUGGAGAAGGAGCUGGAUGCCUUGCAGGGCCGUGUGGCUGAGCUGGAACAUGGGUCCUCGGCCUACAGCCCCCCGGACGCCUUCAAGGUUGGCAUCCCCAUCCGAAACAACUACAUGUAUGCACGUGUGCGCAAGGCGAUACCUGAGCUCUAUGCCUUCACCGCCUGCAUGUGGCUGCGGUCCAGGUCAGGUGGCACAGGCCAGGGCACGCCCUUCUCUUACUCGGUGCCAGGGCAGGCCAACGAGAUCGUGCUGCUGGAGGCAGGCCACGAGCCCAUGGAGCUGCUGAUCAAUGACAAGGUAGCCCAGUUGCCAAUGACCCUGAAGGACAAUAGCUGGCACCACAUCUGCAUCAUCUGGACCACGAGGGAUGGCCUGUGGUCUGCCUACCAGGAUGGAGAGCUGCGGGGCUCUGGGGAGAAUCUAGCAGCCUGGCACCCCAUCAAGCCUCAUGGAAUCCUUAUUCUGGGACAGGAGCAGGAUACCCUGGGAGGCCGAUUUGAUGCCACCCAGGCCUUUGUUGGUGACAUUGCCCAGUUUAAUCUGUGGGACCAUGUGCUGACGCCUGCCCAGGUGCUGGGCCUUGCCAACUGUACUGCACCACUGCUGGGCAAUGUCCUCCCCUGGGAAGACAAGCUGGUGGAGACCUUCGGGGGUGCCAAAAAGGCCACCUUUGAUGUCUGCAAGGGGAGGACCAAGGCCUGAGGCCACCUCAUCCAGGGCCCCUCCCAUGCCUGCCACUUUGGGGAUCUUAAGCGGGCUGCUCCCCCUCAGUCUGUCCACCUGCUGUCUCCUUCCUCCCCACCCACUCCUGACCAGGCCUCUCCUUUCCCCUCCCCUGUAACCACUCCUUCAGAGCCCCCUGCCCUGCGAUGGGGUCACCUGGGAGGGAAGGAGCAUCUCAGCCUGGGCUGAUCCUGGCUCUGGCCCUCCUGGGAGAGCUCAUGGGAGAACUCUCUGCCCCACCCUGCCCUGGCCUGUCUGUCACUCUGAUGCCCCUGAUCCCAACAGCACCCCCACUAGGUUGCUGUGGGGUGGCCCCCAUGCUGCAGGCCUAACCCUGUCCUCUCCAGGGCCUCAGCAGGCUGGAGAAGGGGACAACAGAGAUUCAGGAGAUCAGACCCUCCCUCCUUUACCUUCCUGCCAGUGCCCAUCGGGGAGCCCCCACCCUUAGCCCCCUCCUCAUUGCUUUUGUGUAUGGUGGUUUGAAUGUUGGUUCCAUGCCUGACUCAGCACCCUCUCAGUUUACAGGAUGCUCCCUUCCCAGCUCCAGCCCAGAGGGCUGAGGGGCUAAGACCCCACAAAGCCAAAGGGCUGCAGUAACCCUGUGUGCCCCGGAAGCUGUGUCCACUGCCACAGUCAUGCCUCCCACUCCAUGCCCAGGGCAGGUCCAGGACCCCUACAGCCUGAGCCAGAGAAGCUUCAGGCAGAUACAGCCACCAAGGUAACAUCACUGCUGGGAGAGCCACAUUACCAAGCCACGCAGCCUCCUACAGGUGCCAGCCCUCCCGGGGCCUGGCCAUCCCCCUGUCCUGAUCACUUCCAGAACUGAUAUGAGAUGACCCACCAUCCUGGACACACAGAGCAGGCCAUCCCAGAGACCCAGGAGCUGGCAGGGGUGGGUCCUGGGGUGGGGCUGGGUUAGGUCAGCAGCUGCUCCAAGGUCAGUGUCAAGGGCAAGGGUUCAGGCCAAGCAGGUUCACAUGUGGUCUAAAAGACAUCAGCCCUCUCUCUGGGUCUCCCCUCCCCCACCUGGCAUCCAGCCUGACUUGCAUUGUCUCAAAGGGCUGCUUGGCUUUCUGGUUCCUAUCCUUGAGCCUGUCAUUACCAGAGCCUCCACAAGAGAAGAAUAUCAGAGUCUGAGAAAGACCAUCCACUCUGACCUCUUGCUUUAUGACAGAUGGAGAAGAGCUCAGAGAGGGCAAGAGACCUGUACAGAGACAGAGAGCAAAAGGGCCAGAGCUACAACCCAAGACUUCAGUGUUCUUCCCUCCAUUCCAUCCCCUGGAACAUUGUUUAUGCAAAACAUGGACACUUUGGUACCAGGAGGUGAGAGGAGGAGGGAGUGAUCCCUGGCACUGUGGCAGAAGGGACAGCUGAGGAUGUAGGUCUCCCUCCCCCCGCAAGUCCCUCCAAAGCAUCUAAGCAGUGACAAGCUACUUGACUCAAAUGGCACUGGUGCCCUCUCUUGCCCCCCUUUCUGUUCCUGCCUUGGCUCCCCAUGGCCACUCAGCCUGAGAUGUGCUGGGGCCCAGUGCCGGGGACGCAUGUCCAGAGUGUGCUGCCUCCGGCCUCCAGAUCCUUGUUUCCAUUUCGAGAAUGCAGACUGAUAGCUCAGCACCUCCAGUUCAACUCCCCCUGGAAGCCAGAGCCAUGGUGGCUUCAGCCUGGACCUGCUGAGAUCAGGUUGUCCUGGCAACAGCCAAUGACAUCAGCCCAACUGCUGGGUCAAGAGUCUCAUCGUCACGCCACAAGCCGCUGCUGGGGUGGUGGU